AUGGAUGAAGUGGAAAUUGAGAGAACUUUGGAAGUUGUUGAUGAUGAAAUUAUGAAUGCAUUUUUGGAUGCACAAUCCCAAAUGAUCCUUCAUUCUCAAGUUGAGCUAAACGAUGAAGGUAUUGAUACAGCCAACUCUCAAAAUGAAUUCAUUAUCAUGGACAUUUCUCAGUCAAAUCAUGCAAAUAAAGAGAUAUUAACCUCCGAAGAAGUAAAACCAGAAGAGGUAGAACUUCGAUCAUUGCUAUCUCAAUGGAAUCUUAAUGAGUUGAUUGAUGCGUGCAUUGCUAAGAGAGUUUUUAUCAAUAUUUUGAAAAUUAUAAAACGUCACCACAUCGAACGUCUACUAAAAGGUUUUGAUCUGGGGACACAAAUUCUGUUUGAGAAUAAAUUAGAAGAAUGGCGUGAAUCAAUUGGGAUUCCAAUGAGUCCAGUUUAUCUGGAUUUUCAAGGCACAUCAUCUAGUUCUAGUUCUUCAAACACAUCAAACACAAAUACACCGUCAAGAUUUUCGCCCUAUCAAAAAUCCAUACCAUACCAAAGAUCUACACCCAGCCCUGAUAACUCAUGCACAAUUGUUCUGAGUGACAUCCUCAAUGAAACAUCUAGAGGGAAGGGUCUUGUCGAGUUAUACAACAAGUUUUCAAAUUUCCACGAAGAUCAAAGAUCUAUUCUCAUAUCUUUGAUUGCACAAUAUUACGAAGAGAAGGGUGUGAAGAUGUCUCUAGCUGCCAGUUAUCAGUUAGAACAACAAAUUCUGGAAAGGUUUCCAUCCGAAAAAUUGGUAAUAUGCUAUCAUUAAUAUUAAUAUUAUUUUAAUUUUAAUUAAUCAAUGUCCAAACAGUAAAAUACUGGAAUUUUACAGGAAUAUUACAGAACGUCAAAGAGAGGAAAACUUUAUAACAAGUUUUAUAAUCUGACAACAUCGUUCAAAGUGGUAUCUAGACCACUCGGACUCUCCACUGAAAAGAAAUCAUCUGUUAAUUCAGAAAAGUUUAGCAGACAUUUAAAACAUUUUGGUAUAAUAUUUUUUUUUAAUUUUUAUUAUUAGUUACUGUAUAAAUAAUUUUUUUUCAGAGCCAGAAAAUGAUGCAGAAAGCUGCCUUAAAGCGUUGAAAUUUGACAAUUUGAGCUCGAUUGAAUUUGAUUACACGUGGAAAGCAUGUAGUCAGUUUCGUCUAGAAUAUAUUAAAAAU